UGUUGCCAUACAUAGCCUAACGUUGUCCUUGAUAACACCAUCAAACGAAGUUGGUGAUACCUGUUCAAGUGUGAAUGGCAACUUCCAGGGCUACAUAUCCACACCGCGAGACAUAACACACAACAAUGGAAGAGUUAACCGACCUCAAACAACCCAUUGCCAUCCGCAACGAGUACAUUGCAUCCUACCCAACAACCAUCUAUGUCAAGCAACAUAAGAAAUCCAAAAACAGCGCCGACGAAGACAUCACAGUGUGGAGGGGGCUAGACGGCAGCAACAGGAGCCCAGACGAGAGAAAACUAUUCGCCAUCGACAGGGACUCUGCACCGUUGACUCAAUACCGGUAUUUCCGCGGUGCCUCAGGCCUUCCGCUUUUCGAGCUCGCGCUGAAGAAAUAUGGCGUAACGUGGUUUGUACAUCUGCCGGGUGGGAAGGAGACAUCGGAGUCGAUUGCUGCGAUCGCUCCAAGAUGGAACCCGCUUAAGAACAUAUUGGACGUCUACGUGAGGAAUUCUGCGGGGGACGGGGAGGAAGUAAAGCUCAAAGUCCGCGGGCAGGAUUUGUCAAGGUCGAAAACGCAUGUCUACUUCAACGGGGCGUUGGUCAUGACGGCCCUGAGAAUGAAUGGGCAUAUAUCACUCACCGAGCUGGAAUGGGAGGUCCAAGUUACGAGGGGGUUGGAUGUUUCGCUGGCAUCGGUGAUUAUGGUCGUCAUGGCCUAUAUGUUGCACAUAACGGCUGCGUCUUCGUACCGUGGAGCCGGUGAUUGCCGUGCAGAUGGUAAAUAAUUUGUAGUGGUCAUUGUGGAAGCUCGCGUACCUUGGAGAGAAUACUCCUCCACAAGUCGGACUGCUUAGAUUGUCUCCCGAGUUAGAUACCCUUAUUUUGACCCUAAUGAGGGACUAUUAU